AGAGUUGGAGAAACUUCCCGGCUCCGGGCGCGGUUCGCGCGGGCUGGGUGGCCUACCUCCACGCUGCGCUGGGACAGGUGGCUGCGUCCCCGCGAUGGGCUGCUCCAGCAGCACCCUCAACAAGGCCGGCGACAGCAGCGGAUUCCGCAGCGGUGAGACAGGGGAAAAGAUGGAAACAGAGUUGGAGAAUGAGAAAGUGAGUGAAGGGGCUGAAACAAAAGAAGAAGAAACAGGAGAAGCUGUGGACCUUUCAGCAGCCACAUAGAUAGGCCUGGUGAGAGAAGGGUGAAUGGACACGGUGUGUUAUAACAGAGAAGACAAAAAUGUAGUGAAGCUUGUGGUUAUGGAUCUUAUCUUUCUACGUCUACA